AUGUCUGAGAAAUCGACUAGCGACGACGAUAAAGACAGUCCACCUGCGCAUUCACCAUCCCAUCGUCUAGAACUACUCAAACAACUCAAUUCAUUUAAACCACAUCGAUCUGCUGCACAUCCAGAAAUAAAACAAUGUGAUACUCUAUGUCCCGAAGUUCUUCAACAUCGUGAUAGUAUAUUGGAAAUACGUACUAGUGAAGAAGCUGUUACACCUCCCGAUAAUAUUAAUAAAAAUGGACAAUCACCUCUAAUAACAAUUAAUGUUGGUGGAAGUCGUUUUCAAACAUAUAUUUCAACUUUAGAAUUAUAUCCUGAUACAUUAUUAGGUAAUGAAGAUAAACGAAAUCAAUAUUGGAAUAAUGAAAUACAAGAAUAUUUUUUUGAUCGUCAUCGUGCUUGUUUUGAAUCUAUACUUUAUUAUUAUCAAUCAAAUGGUCGUCUUCGUCGACCAGAUUUUGUUCCAGUUGAUACAUUUCUUGAAGAAGUCGAAUUUUUUCUAUUAGGUGAAGAGGCAACUGCACAAGUUCAUGAAACAGAAAAUAUUAAAAUAAUUCAACAAGUUAAACUACCACGAAAGUUAUGGCGUCGAUAUAUUUGGUUUUAUUCAGAAUUUCCUCAAUAUUCAACUUUAGGUCGUGUAAUUAAUAUUGUAUCACUGAUUUUUACAGUAUUAUCUUGUUUAGCAUUAGCUAUUGAAACACUUCCAACUUAUAAUAAUCGUUGGGAAAAUAUGUGUAAAGAACAAUUUAAUAAACCUUUAAAUGGAACUUCUCUUCCACGAUGUUCAGCACUUUUUACAUCACCAUUUUUUAUUAUUCAAACUAUAUGUGUUAGCUUUUUUACAAUAGAAUUUCUACUAAGACUUAUAAGUACUCCAUCAUAUUCAAGUUUUAUUAUGGACCUUCUUAAUUGGGCUGACUUAUGUGCAAUUAUACCUUAUUUUGUUCUUACUGGCAUUGAAGUAAGCAGUAAAAAUAUAACUGCAAAUACAGAUGUUCUUACUGGUCUUCGUUUAUUUCGAAUUUUACGUUUUCUACGUAUUUUUAAAAUUUAUUUAGUUUUUAAAAGAUUAAGAACAUUAAGAGUUUUAAGUUCCACAAUAAAAGAAUCAUUAUUAGAUUUUGCCGUUAUGAUUGUUAUUCUUACAUUAAUUGCAUUUUUAUUUGGUUCAGCAGCUUAUUUUGCUGAAGAACAAAGUAAUGGAGUAGCUUUUGAUUCAAUACCUAAAGCAGUUUAUUGGGGUGUCAUUACAAUUACAGGAGUUGGAUAUGGAGAAAUAUAUCCGAUAACAGUAGCUGGUCGUAUUAUAGCUUGUUUAUGUGCACUUGUUGGUGCUGGUAUGAUGGGCAUGCUUGUUUCAGUUCUUGUUGAUAAAUAUCAACGAGUACAUAAAAGGAAAAUGUAUAUACCUGAUAAGCAUAUGACACCAGUAGAAUUAGAACGAUUAUUCAAUCAAGAUCAAUCAAAAUUAAAUAUUCCUUCAGAAUCAUCAAGUCGAGACAAAAAAUCAUCUUCAAUUCAGAGAAAAAAAAAUCAAAAUUCACGUCGAUCAUCAUCACAAUCGUAUAAUGUUCAAUUUGUUGUUUCAUUUAAUGAUGAAAAUAUUGAUGAUGAUGAUGACCCAGAUACUAUUGUCACAUCAGUUAAAGAAAAAAUAUCUGAAGCUAUAGCAGAUGUUGGUAAUGGUAUUAGUUUAAAAGUAAUAGAGAAAUGA